CGCCGCAGAAUUCAUCGUUGCGAUCGCGCUGGCAAAACAUUUCAAUUUACUCAGAGCCACGCAGUGCAUGAGGUGCUAAAUUACGACCAGAGCGUAGUACAAAAUCAGUAGUACGAGCAAUUGAUGGUGAUAGACGCGAGGUGAAGAGGAAUAGUCAAGUUUUGAGUGGUUUUCCGUGCGGCUGAAGAACUGCGUAGUGGAUUUCGACUCUCCAGUCAAACAGGAUUUCGGAGGCUUCUCGGGGACUACUUGAGGCAGUUCUGGGACAGUUAGUGGGGCGCGUGCAUGUGUGAAGGGGGAGAAAGUGUGGACUUAGUGACAUAACGCAGUGGGACUCUUGCAUAAGCAGGCGCCCGUGUGGAGGCGCUCCCUCAGGAGCUGGCCAGAGUGACUGAAUUCCUCGUGUCAGAGUGGGGAAAAAAAGCGUAUAUUUUUGACUCUACACGUCUCUCGGUUGAAAAAUACCAAAUAAACAAGAUAUUAAUAGACAGCCAGUGGAGGAAGAGAGUUGGUAAAUUGCGAAUCUGCCAAUUUUUAACACAUCAUCCCGGCGCUGGGCAGGAGAAUUGCUCAUUGAACUCGCCCAGAGAGCGAAGCCGCAACACCACGGAUGAGUGGUGGGAUCUUGUGAAAUUGCACUUUCUAUAAAUAGCCCACAGACACACAACUAAAUGUGAAGAGUGGUGUGAGAACUGUGCCAAAGAAUCCCUUCGAACAAGAAAGCAACAAGCGACAGGAAUCCCCGGCCAGGACAAUGGCACAGCGAGGGACGCAGAGGGACACGCUCAUCCACCUUACGGCCGGAGGGGUGGCCGGAACGGUGGGUGCUGUCGCCACAUGUCCGCUGGAGGUGGUGAAGACGCGUCUCCAGAGCUCGUCUGCCUUCCUCUCCACCGGACCGCGAGUGCCUGAACUGCCCGGCGGCGGAUCCGGCACAUCGGGCGGCUCCAGCAGCGCCACAGAUGCUCUCCUGCGACCCGAACAGAGGCGGCGACUCUGCACAACGAUCCUCAGGAAGAGGCCACAAAUCAUCGCAAUUUCAUCGUGUGGAAUCUCAUCGUCAGCAAAAUCAAUGAGUAUUAUGCAGUGUCUCAAACACAUUAUCCAGACAGAGGGUCCGCGGGCGCUCUUCAAGGGCUUGGGGCCAAAUAUCGUGGGUGUCGCUCCAUCCAGGGCCAUCUACUUCUGUGCGUACUCACAGACGAAGGGCUUCCUCAACAGAGAUGGAAUCAUCCCGCCAGACUCGCCGAUUGUUCACAUUCUGAGUGCCUCGUGUGCUGGCUUCGUGGCAUCGUCGGCGACAAAUCCCAUCUGGUUCGUGAAGACCCGCCUGCAGUUGGAUCACGCGUCCAAGGAUCAGAUGACUGUCCGAAAGUGCGUCUACCAAAUAUAUAAGCAAUCCGGCUUCCGUGGCUUCUACAAAGGCAUCACGGCCAGCUAUUUUGGCAUCUCAGAGACUGUUAUACACUUUGUGAUCUAUGAAGCGCUCAAGAGGAAAUUGAUUGAACUGAGAACCGCACAUCCGACUGAGGCCAAGACAUCCAGGGACUUUGUGGAGUUCAUGCUGGCUGGUGCCAUCUCCAAGACGAUCGCCUCGUGCGUGGCGUAUCCGCAUGAGGUGGCGAGGACGAGACUACGCGAGGAGGGCACAAAGUAUCGCUCCUUCUGGCAAACACUGGCCACGGUGUGGCGAGAGGAAGGCAGGCGAGGGAUUUACAGGGGUCUGGCAACUCAGCUGGUGCGACAAAUUCCAAACACAGCCAUCAUGAUGACCACCUACGAGGGGGUGGUUUACCUGCUGACGCGCCACUUCAACAGCGAAUUCUACGGCAACGACAAACGCCUGGCCAACAAGUCCUGA